AUGGCUACCAAAAACUCGAUCGAAAAGAAUGACCUUGAUCUCGAUCACAAGGUCUCUCAUCUUGAAGGUGCAGCCGAAGUAACCGAAAUCGGCACCUUUCGUGUCUUCGGCCUGGAUCCAGACGAUGCCGAUUUCUACACGAACUACCCCGAGGAGAAACGCAAGAAGGUCUUUCGCAAGGUCGAUGUUCGUCUCAUCCCUGCACUAGCGAUCUUAUAUCUGAUCUGCCAUAUCGACCGUGCCAACAUCGGCAAUGCCAAGAUCGAGGGCAUGGUGGAGGACUUGGGCAUGAGUGGAGUGCAAUACAAUACUGUUCUGGCUAUCUUCUUUGUCCCAUAUGUCCUAUUCGAAGUCCCUAGCAACAUUCUACUCAAGAGGUUCAAGCGUCCAUCAAUGUACCUCGGCAUUCUCACCACCUGCUGGGGUACAAUCAUGACCUGCACAGGCUUGGUUCAGAACUUUGGCGGUCUAAUGACUACUCGCGUGCUAUUGGGCAUUUUCGAAGCAGGCUUCUUCCCUGGUGCCAUUUAUCUCUGCUCAUACUGGUACAUGCCCAAAGACUUGUCGGUUCGAAUCUCAUACUUCUACUGCGCAAGCGCCUUGUCCGGUGCCUUUUCCGGCCUGCUCGCUGCUGGUAUCGCUGAGAUGGAUGGCGUCGGCGGCUAUGAAGGCUGGCGCUGGAUCUUCAUCCUCGAAGGCCUUGCUACCAUUCUGAUUGGCAUCGGGUGUUUCUUCCUACUGGUAGACACCCCCGCCCUAUCUUCGCGUUGGCUAGAGCCUGAGGAGAUCCGAUAUCUCGAGAUUUCAAUGUUCAUCAAGCAAGGAGGAGGUUUCCACGAGGAGAAUGCUGUCAAGUGGAAGGAUAUCAAGAUGGUUAUAACAAACUGGAGGAUCUACGUGCAAGCUUACUUCCUCCUGUGCCAGUCGGCACUUUCCUACGGCAUCAAGUUCACACUCCCAACCAUCACCAAAUCUAUGGGUUUCAACAACACUGAAGCUCAGCUGACUUCUGCUCCCCCUUAUGUUGCUGCUGCGAUAUCAGCUAUCGUCUUUGCCAAGAUUUCCGAUCGCUUCUUCUGGCGAAUGCCAUUCGUUGUAACCCCGAUGGCAAUUGUUGCAACAGCUUAUUCCAUCAUCAUAUCACUGAAUGGAGCCCUUGAAGAAAAGAAGGCCGUCGCUUACUUCUCCGUGGUCCUCGCUGUUGUCGGCAUCUAUCCUAUCCAAGCCGCAGCAGCCUCUUGGAACGCCAACAACAUUGCCCCUUCUUCGCGACGAGCAGUCGGUAUCGCGCUGAUGAACUGCGUUGGAAACUGCGGCGGCAUCAUUGGCAGUUUUAUGUACCUCGAGAGAGAGAAGCCAAAGUAUUACACAGGGUUUGGUCUCAGUUUGGCUUUUGGUGCCACAGGAUUGAUCGUUGCGCUUUUCCUCGAAUUGAGCUACAAGAUGGAGAAUGCGCGGAAGGCCAAGAUUGCUGACGAGGCAAGAAUUAAGUACACCGAGGAGGAAUUGUUCGAGAUGGGAGACAGGUCUCCGUUGUUUAAACAUGUCCUGUAA